AUGGAAAACCAUAACAAGUUAGCUCCAAGCAAAAGCACAGUAUAUAUCUCGAAUAUUCCUUUCUCACUUACCAAUUGUGAUUUACACAAGAUGCUCGAGCCUUACGGACAGAUUGCAAGAGUCACUGUGUUGAAAGAUAAAGUAACUCGUAAGAGCAAAGGCGUCGCCUUCGUUCUCUUCUUGAGCAUCAACGAUGCCCAGCAAUGCGCUCGCAAACUAAAUGGCUCCGAGGUACGAGAUUUUUAUAUCUGGCGACAGUUUUCGCCCAAUUGUAGUAAAAUACUUGGCCGGACGAUAAAGGCGUCAAUUGCUGUGGACAACGGCAGAGCUGCAGAAUUUAUCAGGCACCGAGAAUACCCCGAUAAAUCUCGUUGUUAUGAGUGUGGGAAAAAUGGCCACUUAAGCUAUGUCUGUCCAAAUAACGUCUUUGGUCCGCGGCCACGCCCCAAAGAAAAGAAGAAAACGCCGAAAUCUCGCGGACAACAAUCCAAAGCAACUAACUGCCCACGACGAGAGCCCGGCAGUCCCGAGGACGAUGAGGGGAGUAGCGUGGACCACCUCGACACGUGGAGUGACGUGGUGCGGUGCCACGCGUCUCCCCCCGUGCACUCCGCCUCAAUCCGGUCGCCUCCUAGAAAGUGUCCGAGGAUUCGACGCGACUCUUACUUCUCGGACGAGGAAACCUUUGAAGACGACUCUUGCUCCCUUUCGAACCGAACCUCUUUGCAGAGAAAAAAAAGCACCACUGUAUUCUGUGGUCUGCAGUGGAUUAGUACUCUCUUGGGUCUCUACCAUAUGAAAAAAAUUGAGGAGAAAGAUGUGCUAUUGGCAACAGACGCGUAG